GAGAGCGCUCAGGUCCUCUGCAGGCAGAUUACUGAGUGCUGUGAGGGAGAGAAAUUCUAAGUGAUCGAUGCGUAACGUGCGCGGCGUUUCGCUGUGUCGCGGGGCUCUGGAAGAGUGUUUUUAUUUGCAGCUGGGACGCACCUUUCGCCAUGGAUCGAGUUUUUACGCGUGGAAAUAUGAGAAAACGCCACGGGUUAACGGAGGGAUAAACUGAGCAGAUCGACGAGGAGCCGUCAUGGUUGCACAGCCCGGAUCAAAGGCGAAAGUGUGACUGAAUGCAGUGUGCCUGAGAUUCUGCAAAAAGAAGAAAAACACGCCAGCCAGCAGCUGAAGAAAAGAGGAGCGAGCGGUCAGCAUGAAGUCCAGAAACGCCGCGGACUGAGCCGAGGGGGCGCCUGAUUAUCGCCGUCCAUUUCACUGCUGAUCAUCAGCCCUGGCCUGAAGGAGGGAGGAGCAGGGGAUUUGCUUGACAGGCCUCAAAACGCGUGAGGGAACCUAUGGCACAGCAGCAGCACAGUACAGGUCCCUUUGUGUGAAUCUACCAUGGACCGUAUGCUCUGUGGGCUGCUGGUCCUGGGUAUGGCCGUAACAGUGGCUCAUACGUGCCCCAAGUACUGCGUGUGCCAGAACCUGUCCGAGUCUCUGGGCACACUGUGUCCGGCGAAAGGCCUUCUGUUCGUCCCCUCUGACAUUGACCGCCGCACGGUGGAGCUACGGCUGGGCGGGAACUUCAUCCUCCGCAUCACGCAGCAGGACUUUGCCAACAUGACCGACCUGGUGGACCUGACGCUGUCCCGCAAUACCAUCAGCUACAUCCAGCCUUUUUCAUUUGGAGACCUGGAGACCCUCCGUUCACUUCAUAUGGACAACAACCGGCUCGUGGAGUUGGGUCCAGAUGACUUGCGUGGGUUAGUUAACUUGCAGCACCUCAUUUUGAACAAUAACCAGCUUAGCCGAAUCUCCGAGCGCGCCUUCGAGGACUUGGUGGCGGCGCUAGAGGACUUGGACCUGUCCUACAACAACCUGCAGGCUUUACCUUGGGACUCAGUCAGGCAGAUGGUCAACCUGCACCAGCUCAGUCUGGACCACAAUUUGCUGGAUUACAUCCCGGAAGGUACCUUUGUGGACUUGGAGAGGCUGGCCCGUCUGGACCUGACCUCAAACCGGCUCCAGAAGCUUCCGCCUGACCCCAUUUUUGCUCGAGCGCAGGAUUCAGCCUUGAUGACCACACCCUUCGCCCCGCAGCUGUCCCUCAGCAUGGGUGGAAACCCACUGCACUGCAACUGCGAGCUGCUCUGGUUCCGCCGGCUUGAACGCGACGAUGACCUGGAAACCUGCGCUUCCCCUCCUGGUCUAAAGGGGCGCUACUUCUGGAAUGUGCGAGAGGAGGAGUUUGUGUGUGAGCAGCCACUCAUCACGCAGCACACACACAGGUUGCUGGUUCUGGAGGGUCAAACAGCCAGUCUCAGGUGUGAAGCUAUCGGGGACCCAGCUCCCACCAUCCACUGGGUUGCCCCUGAUGACCGGUUGCUUGGCAACUCCUCCCGGACCGUUGUGUACCGAAACGGCACGCUGGAGAUCACCAUCACCACGUCCAAAGACUACGGCACCUUCACCUGCAUCGCGGCCAACGUGGCUGGAGAGUCUACAGCUUCGGUGGAGCUGUCAAUCAUCCAGCUGCCCCACAUAAACAACAGCACAGGACAGACCUCUCAGCCCAAGUCCCGCCUGUCGGAUAUAACAGGAACUUCGAAGACUGGCAAGGCCGUGCCCAAGAACCAGCCCGAAAAGGCAGUGACUGUUUCCGAGGUAACCGCAGUCUCCGCCCUCGUCCGAUGGUCAGUCAGCAAAUCGGCGCCCAAAGUGAAGAUGUUCCAGCUCCAGUACAACUGCUCUGAUGAUGAAGUGCUGAUCUACAGGAUGAUCCCUGCAUCCAGCAAGGCUUUCCUGGUCAACAACUUGGUAUCGGGGACCCGCUAUGACCUGUGUGUGCUGGCAGCAUGGGACGACUCGGCCACCACCUUGACGGCAACCAGCGUGGUGGGGUGCGUCCAGUUCUUCACCCGGGAUGACUAUCCACAAUGCCAGUCCAUGCAUGGGCAGCUCCUGGGCGGCACCAUGAUCCUGGUGGUUGGGGGCGUGAUCGUAGCUACUCUACUCGUCUUCAUCGUCAUUCUCAUGGUGCGCUACAAGGCAGGAGAGGGCGGGACCGGGGAGGGGACGGAGCUUCCUGUUAGCAAGCUUAGUGAUGUUAGCGAUACUUAUUCCCAGACCAAUGGCGGACGGCUGGGACCAAAUGGAGUCUUGCUCCCGCCUCCCAAAAACAAGCCCAAAGUCACCAUGCGGGACGAGGUGGUAGAGUUCAAGUGUGGUUCCCUCCAAAGCAGCCUAAGCUCUGCCUCCUCUUCCUCUUCCUCCUCUUCUUCAUCCGGAUCUCUGGAUGCCGCGGGUUCCUACAGUCCCAACAGCGCCUUGGCUAGCAUCUGGAGGUCUGCUAAUCCCAAACCACGAGGAAAUCUGGAUCAGCUUCUGGGGGCCAUCACCUCUCUGGAGCUAAGAGGCCAGACCAGGGAGGUUCCAUCUCCAAAAGAUAGUACCACGCCUGGCCCUCCUGCAGCUACUGCUGCUGCAUCAGGAGCACCACUUCCACUGCCCCCUACUGACAAGGAGCCACUGUUGGGCCGGACGCUGGACUCGCGGCUCAGUAAGCUGCUCAUGCUGCCACUGGACUCCAAGCCCAAGCGAAGCCACUCGUUUGACAUGGGCGAGUUUGCGGCGUCCACCGGCGCCCAGCUGUGCAACUACCAGCGCAGGUUUAGCAACAUCUGGACCAAACGCAGCCUUUCCAUUAAUGGCAUGUUGCUCAAAUGUGAUGAGGAGGGCGAAACGGGCAGCAGUAAGGGCACUCUGGAAAGCUCAGAGUGGGUGAUGGAGAGCACUGUAUAGGGCAGGUGGACGCAAGCUGCCUUUAGGCCAGUUGUUCCCAACCCUGGUCUAGGAAUGCCCCUACCCUGCACAUUUGGGCCUGCUUUAGGAGCCUGAUCCAACUAAACUGAACUAAACUGAUAUAUUAGAAUACCAAAUAAUUGAGUAUUUAUUGCUGGAUAACUAAUUAUUUGGUAUAUACUUAUCUCUAAGUCAUCAGAUUUACUAUCUUUAUUAAUUUAUGUAGUCAUGGGAGUAAGGAACUGAAAUGUGGACCCCAUACAGCCCCUUUUUAUACAGAAGCGAACGUUGGAUUUUGGGUUUGGGUAUUUUUAAUGCGAUUUUUAGUCUAAGUGUCCACAGAGUAAGUUAUAACUGGUCAAAUUCUAUUUGUAUUGUGAAAAUGUAGUUGCAUUUGCUCACAUUUCCACAUUGGUUGCCACAGUAACAACACAAAAUUGCGUAUCAGACAUUGGGAGUGACACCGAGUGACAAAUUUUAACCUAACUGGUUAAAUUUGUGUUGAAUUUGCAACC